GAGGUCUUCUCCACUUUGCCACACCUAUAGACCCUCUAUUUCUGCUUCUCCACUACCUCAGAAAGGCUGAUAAAGAGGGCAAGUUCCAGCCCCUGAACCAAGUCGUGGUGGAUGACAUGUUCCCAAACUGCAUCUUGUUGCUGAAACUUCCUGAACUUGAGAAGUUACUUCAACAUGUGACAGAAGAGAAAGAAAUAGACAAAAAGAAAUAUUACAAGUACAGCAAGGAGAAGACGAUAAAGUGGCUGGAAAAAAAGGUUAAUCAGAUUGUGGCAGCCUUAAAAACCAAUAAUGUAAAUGUCAGUGCCCGGGUACAGGCAACUGCAUUUUUCUCUGGUGACCAGGCUUCCAGUGACAAGGAAGAGGAUUAUAUUUGUUAUGCCCAUGGUCUGGUAUCUGAUUACAUCCCUAGAGAACUCAGUGACGACCUGUGUAAAUAUUUAAAGCUUCCAGAACCUUCAGCUUCAUUGCCAAACCCUCCAUCAAAGAAAGUAAAGUUAUCUGAUGAGCCUGUAGAAGCAAAAGAAGAUUACACUAAGUUUAACAGGAAAGAUUGGAAGACUGAAAAGAAAAAUAACAAAAUGACCGCAGCUCAGAAGGCUUUGGCUAAAGUUGACAAGAGUGGAAUGAAAAGUAUUGAUUCCUUUUUCGCUGCAAAAAUAAAAAAAAACUUGAAAAGACUUGAAACUUUCAAAAUGAAAUCUGGCAAAAAAUAUUCGCCUUUUCCACGUUCCGUUUUUGUCCUUCCUCCAUGCCACUCUACCUCCUGACCCGUAAUUACCACCUUUUGAAAAAAUAAAAAAAAAAAAAAGCUUUUUUAAAAUGAGGGCAAUUUUCAGAGUCGAACAUUUCUUGGCAUUUGAUUUUUGUGUUUCUGAACAAAAUAUGGGAAAGUAAUUGGGUAACUUCAUGGCCUGUGGCCUUCAGAGUCUUGUCUGACAUCAUGAAAAGUCAUCAAGUGAACAGAGCUGAUCUGUAGCUAGCCUCACAGUUUCCUCAAUAAACGAACAUGUGACCAUAUUUGAGUGUAUGCCUAUAAUUUUGCACAACUUUCCCACAUGGUAGCUGUAGCAAUCUGGUUUUCAGGGUAGCAAGAGAAUUCAGAUAACAGCUGUCAGAAACUACUAGUUUGCUAAAAGCCUUUAGUUUUUGGUAAAUCUUUUGUUUAACACUGUCUGUUUUAUGAGUACCUGUUCUUUGCAGAAAAUAGAGAAAAGUAUAAAAUUAAAAUUCGAAUCUCCCACCUUGACACUGGCUGGAGAUAAUAUGGCAUGUGUUUCUAUAAGAAUAAUUUUUUAAGGAAUCAUAGUAGUAAUUUUAUAAUCUUUUUUCUUGACAACAUCAUUUCGUGAGCAUUUUCCCAGGCUGCCAAAGUAUUUUUCAUAAAUAUGCUUUUUAAAUGAUGGUCAUUUUAGGGGCGCCUGGGUGGCUCCGUCGGUUAAGCGGCCGACUUCGGCUCAGGUCAUGAUCUCGCGGUCCGUGAGUUCGAGCCCCGCGUCGGGCUCUGUGCUGACGGCUCAGAGCCUGGAGCCUGUUUCGGAUUCUGUGUCUCCCUCUCUCUGACCCUCCCCUGUUCAUGCUCUGUCUCUCCCUGUCUCAAAAAUAAGUAAACGUUAAAAAAAAAAAAUUAAAAAA